AUGUUGAAGCUCGCCAAUAGAGACUACGAAGAAGAGGAAGCUAGAAUUUGGGAUGAAGCAUAUGGACCGAAGAUUGCAUUGGGUGAGUGUUAUCAUUCGGUAAACCUGUCGGCGAUUCAGGACAUUGAGGCAAACGUGACCCUGGACGCCCUAAAAGCAGCAAUCAAGCAGGGGUUUGGGAUGCAGUGGCCAGAUGACGACGGUUUGUGUCAAAAAUGUCUCAAGUCGGGCGGGCAGUGUGGACAGGUUCAGAACUCUGGCGAAUUCACCUGUUAUUGCCGCGAGCGGUCCCACUCAUCGAGUUGCCCAGCUUUUCUGGCCGCGCUUAGUGUCUCCAUGACUACCGUCCUGCUGAUUUGCUUUAUUAGGAAGACUAACCUUUUCAAAAAGGAGAGGAGUGAAAAUCACUGUGAUGUUGACGAGUUCAUGAGGAAUCAUGGGUCUCUUGUUCCAAGAAGAUAUAAGUACACCGAUGUCAAGAAAAUGACGAACUCCCUUUCCGUGAAUGUUGGUCAAGGAGGAUACGGUGUGGUUUAUAAAGGAAAGCUUAAAGAUGGUCGCCCCGUCGCAGUAAAAUUCCUUAAGGAGUCCAAAGGUAAUGGAGAAGAGUUCAUCAAUGAAGUCACAAGUAUCAGCAGAACAGCCCACGUAAACAUCGUCGCUCUUUUAGGUUUCUGCUAUGAGAAGAAUAGAAGAGCUUUGAUAUAUGAGUAUAUGCCCAACGGGUCUCUAGACAAGUAUCUUCCUAGUCAAGGAGCUUCGAGUGCAACUGGUCCUCUAGAAUGGAAAAUCUCAUACAAAGUUGCACUGGGCGUUGCUCGAGGGCUUGAGUACCUUCACCGUGGCUGCAGCACUAGGAUUUUGCAUUUUGAUAUAAAACCUCAAAAUAUCCUACUCGAUCAAGACUUUGUUCCGAAAAUUUCAGAUUUUGGCCUUGCCAAGCUGUGCAAAGGGAGGGAGAGUGUUGUGUCAAUGAAUUUCGGAGGAGUCUCUCACAAGUCUGAUGUCUACAGUUACGGAAUGUUGGUUCUUGAAAUGGUAGGCGGCAGAAAUAAUUAUGAUGCUCAACUAUCGAAGGGUAGCCAAAUGUACUUCCCGGAGUUGGUAUAUAGGCAUCUCGAGCCAGACAAAGGUCUGCAAUUGAGGGGAAUCAACACACCUGAGGAGGAGGAGACAGCAAGAAAGAUGAUCAUUGUGAGUAUAUGGUGCAUUCAAACUAAUCCAUCAAAUCGACCUUCGAUUUCUAAGGUGAUAGAGAUGUUAGAAGGUAGCCUCGACCUCUUGCCAAUACCACCAAUACCCUAUUUGACUUCUCCACCAGUAUCGCCCAAACAUUUCGAAACAACCACAUCGUCGUCAUCAGUGUUCAUCAACAGCAAGGGCCAGGAGGUGGAUAAACUGUGA